UUGUCUAAAUUAAUGGAUACAUUUUUGGGACGUUAACCUCCCGUGGUGGGUAAACUUCCUCACAGUUUUCAGUUUACAUACGGUGCCCAAUGCAAGGAAGAAACACCGUGUCUGCGUUCAAGAAAUUAUCAAAAAAAAUAUAAAAAUAAUUUAGCCUGAAAUGACACAUUACUGGGAAAGAUUUUUUCCAAUAUAGACAUAUGAAAGAGAAGGUAAUUUCCUCCUCAGUUUCUGUAUUGGCUGGCUGACGCGACUCACCCGAGUAACAGGUUCACACCUUGUUAACACCGCCAUUAGUUUGUCUUUACAUUCGCUGAUUGUUGAUUUACAUUUGCGACUAAAUGGCAUCUUUUAUUGCUGUUGUCCGAGGACUUACACACAGCCUCGUCAUUUCACAUAAAACGGAGCUCUGCAUCCUCUCAGUCAGUCGAGAUUCAAGGUUUGACCAGUCCAGAGUACUGCUUACAGCAGACAAGUGGACAACCCAGCCACACAUUUCAGAAUGUUUCCUGUUGUGCUCGUCGUCAUCUCCCUGGUGAGAGUUCUCAUCGCCAGGCCCUCCAUGGACUACUUGGAAAAUCAUUUUAACUUAGCCAAUGAGCCUAAAGAGGUCCGUUCUAAGGCUAUCAAGCGACUUCUGGAAGUGUUUGGGAUGGAAGAUCCACCUUUAACUCGAGGUCACAAACAGCCGCCUCAGUACAUGCUGGACCUGUACAACACAGUGGCGGAUGUGGAUGGGGUUACCAAGGACCCAUAUCUUCUUGAGGGAAACACAGUUCGUAGUUUCUUCGACAAACUACACAGUGAAGAAGUUGAAUACAUGUUCAAUUUGUCAACGGUUGCAAAGAGCGAAAGAGUCCUCACUGCAGAACUUCACCUUUUCAAACUGAGACCCCAAGCAUCAGUGGCUUUUAACAGGCAUCAUUACUGCCAGGUCAGUGUCUACCAGAUUCUGGAUGGUGGGGAAAUGAAUGUUUCUCAGGGAAAGAAACUGCUGUCGUCAAGACUGGUUCCUAUCCACUCCAAUGGAUGGGAAGUGUUUACCAUCACCCAAGCAGUCCGCUCCUGGAUGUCAGAUAAGAGCAGCAACUUGGGGCUCCUUGUGACUGUGAAGACGCUGGCAGGCAGCCAGAUGGAUGACAAAGUGCUGCGGUUUGCCUCCGGACGCGACCACCACCACAGCAAGCAGCCCAUGCUAGUCCUGUUCACCGAUGAUGGACGCCGCACAGCCAGUCCUGAGAUCAACAUAAAGGACGGUGAAGCCUCAUUACCCUUCACCCUACCCAUGCUGCCCAUGGCUGGGGCAGGCCGGCGCAGCCCCCGCUCUCUGGACUACGAUGAGAAUGGGGAGAAGACGGCCUGCCAACGGCAGCCGCUCUACGUGGACUUCGAGGAGAUCGGCUGGUCUGGCUGGAUCGUGUCGCCCCGCGGCUACAAUGCCUACCACUGCAAGGGCUCCUGCCCCUUCCCUCUGGGCCAGAACAUGCGCCCCACCAACCACGCCACUGUCCAGUCCAUCAUCAACGCCCUCAAACUCACCAAGGGCAUCGAUACGCCCUGCUGCGUGCCCGACAAGCUCUACUCCAUCAACCUGCUCUACUUCGACGACGACGAGAACGUUGUGCUGAAGCAGUACGACGACAUGGUGGCCGGGAGCUGUGGCUGCCACUGACACCCUCUCACCUCUGUUGCCUGAAACACCCUCUGUGAACUCUCUCCCUCUGCUGCCUAACCCACCACACCACUGAUGUGAUACUGAAGGAUACUACAUCAUCCCUCACAUGGUCCAUUUUAAAAGAAUCCAUGCACCAAUAUUCUGCAGCAGCCGCUGGGUUCUACUCCAAGCAAGUAGCACUAUGAGAUCGUGAAGGUGUGUUCCAUUAUGGGAUUGUGCAGAAAAGAGUCCUAGUAUUUCUCUGUUGUGGUCACUAGUUGAUGUGUUUUUACGGUGCUGCUUAGAGAACUACCAUAACCGAUGAGUUUACAAGACCAAUGC